AUGAUUGUGUUCAUGAGCGCAGAACGCCACAGUAUCAGAUUUGAUCCUGUACGAAGUGGAGAGAUGGGCUUUGAACCCUAUACUCGUCCAUUCGUUCCGCAGUGUCACGGUCCACAUCUCAGUCUGUCAUCCAACCUGGUUCUUCAGCGCCAGGGAUGGCUGAUGUCUAUUACUAUAGACAACAUUGCUACGUUUGCAAAGGAGCACCAAAAGAUUCCUGGGAUUGAGUAUGCCUCCCGCGAGAAAACCAGAUUUUACAAAUUUCCUACUUACUACGUCAUGAAAGACAAAACUGCUAACACACAACCUCAACUUGCCACGUCAAUUCUCUCAACUGCUGCUGCGCAUGAGCCCCCUACCGGUCAAAUAAAUGGAUACAUUGAUCCGGUAUUAGAAAAGGCAAAAAUUGUAUACGAGUGUGGGUCUCUCCUGGACUUUAUGUCAAGCUGUCAAGACGACUUCAUGGACAUAAAACCACCAUUUGUGCUUCCAGCAUUACCUAUUCUACCUAAAGAGCGAGUGGUGAAACCAUUUUAUCCUUUCGAAAAUGUGGGAAUGGUAAUUUUGGUCCGCUCUCCUACCGGACUAAGGAUAAAAUCACAGAAAAACAUUGGGGACUUCUUUUUAGGCUUAGGUAGAAAGAGACAGGUAGAAAGUGUUUUGAUUUGGUUAUUGCGUUAUAAGUUGGAUCAGGAUAAUACAUUGGAAUGUUUGGUAUGACC